UUAUCAUCUCGCCGCCACUCAAGAGCCUUCGACUCUUCCAAAGUUGCGACUACACAAAAAAUCUUCCGACCGCUGUUCGAUAACUUUUUCUGCAAUUUUACGUGACGGUCUCGAUAUUACUACUCGACGCUUACGUCGCGACCUUAAGAUAUUUGUUCACCUUAUACUUUUCCAAAAGUCUAUCUACCGACUGCAUCAUCAACGUGAACGAUAUUGUUUAAAUGUCAUUAAUUGAUAUCCGUACAAUCGGGAAACGAUUUACAUGACAUUCAAACCAUCCUAAAGUUUGUCAUCAUCGCUUGCGUUUUUUCCAUUGAAAAUUAAGCAAAAUCAUGAACGACUGUGGUGGCAAACGAGUAAUAGCAUUAGUCGACAUGGAUUGUUUCUACUGUCAAGUAGAGGUUCAACACAACCAGUCGUUGACUGGAAAGCCGGUUGCAGUCGUUCAAUACAACAGUUGGAGAGGUGGGGGGAUAAUCGCAGUGAAUUAUGAGGCAAGGGCAAAGGGUGUAAACCGACAUAUGAGAGGAGAUGAUGCAUUACAGGCAUGUCCAGAUUUAAAUUUGGUACGCGUGAAGGAGCUCCACGGAAAAGCAGAUUUAUCAAAAUACCGUACAGCCAGUCAAAAAGUAUUUGAGGUUCUCAGUCAAUUUAGUUCUUGUGUGCAAAGAGCUAGUAUUGAUGAGGCUUAUGUUGAUUUAACUAGUGUGGUAAAUCAUCACAUUUCAUCUAAUCAUAAUGUAAUUACGGAAAAUGACCUACCCAAUACAUUUGUUGAAGGAUAUUCAGAUGAUAACUCAAAAGAAGAUAAAAAUGUGAAUUUAAAAUCUUGGCUCCACGAUGUAUACAAUAAUGAAUUACAAGAUGACUAUUUACUCCGCUUAACAAUUGGCGCUAUGAUGGUUGAAAAAUUAAGACAAUCAAUUUUUGAACAAACUGGUUUUCGUUGUUCAGCUGGUAUUGCAAAUAACAAGAUUUUAUCUAAGCUUGCGUGUGGUUUACACAAACCUAAUCAACAAACAAUGUUGCCACCUUCUAGUGUACCUCAUUUGUUUGAAACCAUACCAAUAAAAAAAAUAAAAAAUUUAGGUGGUAAACUGGGAGAAAGAAUAAGGCAAGAAUUUAACUGUAAAUUCAUGUCUGAUUUAGCUGCAAUACCCUUAAAUGAUUUACAACAAAAGUUUAAUGAUAAAACAUGUAACUUUUUGUAUCAAAUCUCUAAAGGUAUAGAUAAUGAACCUGUGGAAUCUAGACUUAUACCCAAAUCAAUUGGCAGUUGUAAGUCAUUUCCUACGGGGUUAAAAGUCAAAGAAGAAAUAAAACUAUGGUUGAACACGUUGAUGAAUGAUAUUGUACAUAAAUUAAAAGAUGAUUAUGAAACUAAUAAAAGAAAAGCAACACUGAUGACUGUCAGUGUUAGAUACUUAGAUAAAAAAAUGAAAUUGCCGACAUCACAGUGUUUUGAAGUUACUACGUAUAGUCAUAAUAAACUAUUGGAUGCUGCCUAUUCAUCAUUAUGCAACAUGACUGAAAAUCAAAAGUCUUUACAUUGGAAAAAUCCGAUAUCUUUUUUAGGUGUAGCUAUUGGAAGGUUUUUGGAAAUUAAUGCCAAAUCAUCAAUAGAUAAUUAUUUCAAUAAGGGAGCUGCCAAAGAAGUGAAAAAUAUUAAUAUUCAAUUCACUAGACCAGAAAACAGUACGACUUGCUCUAAUAUCAAUAGUGAAAGUGAUAGUUCUACGCUUUUUAAUGAACGACAAUUCAAAUCUAAAAUUAGUUUACCACUAUCAAAUCAACCUCCGCCGUCAGUAAAUCACUCUAACGAUAAAAAAAACAAAACAUGUAUUAAUGAUGUUAAGAAUUUAAAAACUUUGUUUGUUCAAAUGAAAAAUUCUGAUAGUUUCUUCACUAAUUCUUCUUCAACAUUACAAAAUGUGGAUCCUAAAAAAGAAAUUAAGCAAUAUAAACUUGACAAGAACAGUUUUUUUACGAAAAAACUGGAAAUUAUUUCUCCAGUUAAAAAUCAAGUAAAUGAGAAAAUUACAACAGUUGAUCAAUCUUCCUCAACAAGUUCAGUGGGAUUUUUAUUGGAAAGCUCUGAUGUUAUUUCUCCUUCAAAAAAUAUAUUAAAUGAUAAUCAUAACAUAACAACUCAACCAGCAGAUAGUUUUUUUUCAAGAAAACUAGAAAUUGUAUCGCCUUCGAAAAACCAAAAAACUAAUGAUUCAAGAAUAGAGUUAUUACCAAUUGUUCAAUCUACCAUUACUGAAGAUACUAUUGAAUGUACUCCUAUAACAUUAUUAUGUGAGCGGUGUGACAACAUGAUUGAUAUAAAUACAUACGAUGAGCACAUAGAUCAUCAUGUAGCAAUAGAAUUGAGCGAAAGUUUGAAUACUAUUAACCCUAUACAGCCAUUAAAUAAUAGAACACUGAAAAGUAAACCAAUAAAAAAGAAAAAAAAUGAAUGCGGUCUAAAACGUAAACAAAAUUCAAAAGCUUCAAGUUCAAAUCAUAAAAAACCAUGCACAAGUAUUUCAUCAUACUUCAAACCACUAUUAAACCCGUAAUUGUUUCUAAUAAUCUAGAAGAAUUUUAUUAUAAAACUAAAAUGAUUGAUUUUCUAAUUUUCUAAUUGAUAUAUUUUUUUAUUUUUGUACUUAUUUUGUAAAACAUAGUUUGGUGAAAAAAUGUAUAUGUAAAUGUAUAUCUAUGUAUAUCAAAGAAUAUAUUUACCUAAAAAUAAUUAAAUUAACAAUGAUAUAGAAUAUUUUAUAAUUAAUAGCUGAGGUUAGUUACCCGGUCUUCACUCGGGCCAUCAAAUCAUAGGAGCUUAUAGUUUAAUUUAUUGACUGGCAGUUGUUAAGUAUAAUAUAUUAUAUUAUUAUGUUGACCCAAAAGUAUAAAACAAAAAUUAAGACUUGAAAUUGAAUAUGCAUUUUAAGGUUUAAUUAUAAUACAUUUUCAACAUAAAUCAACAGGUAAAAAAAAUAAUAAUGGAAGAGAGAUUCCUUAAGUGAAAAAAGAUUUAAGAAAGGAAUCAACGAUGACAUUGAAAUACGAGUAGAUAAUACAUAAAUAGUAAAUAAUUAUACACAACAGUGAUCUAAAAAAGCUAAAAAAAAUAAAUAAAUCAAGCUUUUCAUUAUAAUUCUACUAUUAUUUAUUAUUAUGAUUAUUGCUAAGGAUUACAAUUGAUGAAAGAUGAGUCUAAUGGUACGUGAUAUGGAAAUCGCAGAAUUGUAUUGAAGUUUUAUGCUUUUUUGUGAAAUAUCAAUCUUCUAAUGGAAAAUAUCAUAGAUUUGUUAAGAUUUGUCGAGUAAUAUAUUAGAGGUUAUACUUUUAUAGAAUAUAUCUUGCAUUUAAUGGGAAAUUUCAAGAGUUUAAUUGUAUGUAUUAAAGUAUCAUAAUAUUUACCAUGUAAAGUAUCCAACUUCAAGGAUAUUUUAUUGAAAAUGUACUCUGUUCUAGGAUAUAUUGAUUCUUCAAAAGAAAAUAUCAUGGAACUUAUGAGAUGUAUAAAGGAUUCUAUUUGAAAUGUUACAGUAUUUAUGAAAAUUGACUAGGAUUUUAUAGGAAAAUUAGAUUUUUGUGGAAAUAUCAAUCCUCU